CAGGAUUAAAUCUAAGAAUACUUCACUGAGAAUGCAGAAGUGCCUUUCCCGGCGAGGUGUUUUCGGCGGCCAAGCAACUGGCCGCCGGUCUGCCGUCGUUGUUCGUGCUGAGGCAAUUGCCGUUCCUGCACCUUUUACAAAGGUCACGGCCAAGGGUGAUCGUGUGCUGGUACGUGUUGCCGAGGAGGAGGUGAAGACGCGAGGCGGCAUUCUCCUGCCCCCCUCCGCGAUUAAGAAGCCAACUUCUGGUGAGGUGGUCAGCCUUGGCGAUGGGCGCAUGGGCAACGGCGAGGUGCGCCCAUUUUACCUAAAGCCAGGGCAAACUGUCGUGUACAGCAAGUUCGGCUUCAUGUAUACGGACCUUAAGCUGUCGAACGGCGAGGAAUAUAUCCUUAUCCGCGAGGACGACGUCAUCGGCAUCAUGCCCCGCGCCAAUGCCCAAGCUGACGACGUUCCGGAGCUGCAGCCUUUGUCAGACCGGGUAUUGGUCCGCGUGGAGGACGUGGCGGAUGUGACCCUGGGCGGAGUCAUCUUGCCGGAUAGUGCCAAGGAGCGGCCCCUCAGCGGUACUGUAGUACGGACGGGGCCGGGGAAGUACGACAAGGACGCGGAGGGCAAGCGGAAAGCCAUGACGGUUCAACCAGGUGACAAGGUGUUGUACUUCAAGUACGCGGGUGACAACAUGGAGACCCCUGAAGGGGCCAAGUUCGUGGUGUUGCGGGAGGACGAUAUCCUGUGCAAGGCGUGACGGAGCUGGUGGUAAUGGUGGUGGUGCGGCGCUCGGUUCUUAUUUUGGGUAGUUCAUGGUUUAAUGGGGAAGGUGGGAAUGAAGGCGGAUGGCGGGCAAGGACGUGUGAAGUGUGGGAGGUGAUAGACGGAGGGGCUGGCCUAGCUUUCUGGAAGCGAGCAAGAGGAGGAGGAGGAGGGGGAAGGAUGCAGCGGCGACGGCCCUGGGAAUGGCGGCUUGGAGUGGCAGCGAAUGAGAAGCGAGAGGAGAAGGCGUAGGUAAAAGGAGGCGUGAAGGAUGGCCAUGGCAAAUCCUUGCAGAAGGCAACCUUUUCAAUCUGCAAUCUUUUUUGAUGCUGCGAUGGUUCCGACGGUCAAGCAAUGGACGGCAGCAAGCGAGGUUUGGGAUAUGCGCUGGUGACGUCUCUCCUAACCGCAAGUCAUCAGGACAGAGCAGGACAGGAUUCAUUCUGGACAGCCGUCUCCCAGGGCUGCUUGCUUCUCCGUCAUGUGUGUAACCCCCGGCCGGGAGGAGGCUUUCUCUUUAUGUAUGUCCGUGUAGUGGAUUUCCCCCUGGGAGAAUCCUUCACCACCACCUCUCGGGUUGCUAUUGGGCGGCAGGUAUUUAAGGCGAGAUCCUCUUCAACAGAGAGGGAGUGAAGGGUAAGAGGGUUACACGCGGACUCCAGCUGGAGAGGUGACACCAUGGGGGGCGUUAAAGAGGCGGGUCGCCGCGUUGAAGGGCGGGAAGCCCACCAGCUUGGCGAUGGGGAUGAUGUGCGCGGAAAGGAGUGGGGCUUGUGGGCCAUGACGCGACUGCUCCCCGGCGUCCUGGAGAGUGGAGUGUGGGGCGGUCCACACCGCGGGGGUGGGGCCUACUUGGAUGCCUCCCUCCUUCCUCAGUCGGGUGAAGUAACUUGAACAGACAAGUGAUCCAGUUCCGACUUCAUCCUUUGUUUGCCGCCGUCACCAGUGGUGCAGCCACCUGGUCAUAUGUGAGUGCGCUAGCUCCGAACCCAGAGGGGAAAGAGGUGACCGGGUUCAAAGAUGCGGCAUUGUAAUAAAGGAGCGAGGCGACAACAACCCAGCAAAGGCCAUGAAGUGGUGCUUCCGUCUCUGUUGUCAUGAACCACGACAUCUAGGGGGAAUCCGCGUGGCAUGCGUCCUUUCUUUUUUCCUAGGGAGCUGAUUUUCUGGGACUUGCUGGGCGGCGGGAACCACCUGUGCGGAUUUGAGACUGGCUAAAAAUUGCCUACGUUACCUUUUACACCGGCCUGUAGCAAUGGCAGGAUGA